UGUUCUCCAAUCAGGUAUUGUUUAAAUGAGAGGAAUGCGGGAGGUGUUGUGGUUGUUUUGGGGUCGCAGAUGGGAUCGAGAGGACAGGUCGGUCGCUGGAGGCCCAGGAGCUGGUGCCCUGCGUAUAGCGUAAUGCUCGAACUUACCCCUGUGUCCCACUGUCCAGCUGGCAAAGAAAAUCAAGGUGAGCUCGGUAUGGCCUUGUUGACCUUGACGCAGCGUUGGUCUCACCGCAGCCUUGCCCCACCCGAAAUACCCCACACACAUCCCGGCCCGGGAAUUCGCCCUCCACUCCCCGCAUGCGUUCACAAGCUGACUGAGCCACCGACCUUUCUCUUCGAAGAGUUCGCAACACCACGAAACACCGACUUUGGAAGGACCAAAACACUGUUCUCAUCCUCCCAGAGCCCCAGGGGAGUCUCGUGACCAAGUGGGUCCCUUUCAAUGGCGGUUUGGUCAACCACAACAAUAGAAUAAUGCCUUAUUUUUCUUUUCCUAUUCAUCCCAGCAUCAAUAGUAAUAACCGCCUCUCAAAUAGAGGUUCCCUUUUUGCCUAAGACAUCCAGGGACCUCGGCUUCUUUUUGUAACUUGCGAAUAUCCUCACCACUGCUUUUCGCCCCCCGGGUUCCCAUAUCACAUCGUCAAUUCUCCUUCUCUCUCUCUCCAAGCCUGUCGCUCUUCUCCAGAACAAAUCCGAGUUCCGGACCGUUCAACUCAGCGACUAUUCCCUCUAGUCGUCAAGAUGGCUGACUCCAUGUGCGGCCCAUCCAACGGGGCUAAGAACCUGCUCGCGCAUACCGACCGCGAUCGCACCCUGCACCAAGAUCGGCUCGUGAAUGCUCCUCAGGCUGGUCCCGGAGCUUCAUUCCGGUCGCAGAAUGCCGGUCCGAGCAACGCUGCCCAGAGAGCCUUUGAGGGUUUCCAGCAGGGUGGUCCGGUCAACGCUGGCUUUGAGAACGGCCCUCUGCUCCCUGAUAUGAACCCGGCUGCCCUUCAUCGCCCUCCUAUGGCCAUGUCUCCUGCUCCGAUGGCUGCCCGCCUGGCCGCAGAGCAUCAUGCAGCUAUGCGCCUCGAGUCGCCCGCCACCGGUGGAGUCGGGAACCAAGCCUGGAUCAACGAGUUUGCCAGCAUGAAGAUUGCGAACGGCAGUUCGGUCCAAGCUGGUCAAACCCCAGGCAUGGCGAUGAGCCACCCUGGUGUGCCUGUUGUUCAGCAGCCUAUGAUGCUCCCCACCACAGGUGUCAACAGUUUCGCCCCUUACCAAACUGGCAUGACCUUUCAGAGCUACCUACCUGCUCUCUCCGCCCCCAUGACCCACAGCCAACUCCCAGGUCAAGAAGCCACCGCCGCCGCCGCUGUACAAGUCGAAAGCGCCGAGGUCAAGGACGCCUUUGCCGAUCUAUUUGACCAGUACGAGCAGCAAGCCGACCAGCUGACCGACUACCAGCGUCAGGAGCAGGAAUUCGAGCAGGAGCAAGCCAAGUGGAUGGCCGAGCAUGGACCCAAAGCCCUUCCGCCUACCGAUGCCGAGAUGGCGGCGAUCAACUCGGAGAUGGAGCGGAUUGCCGACGAGCAGGAGGAACACGCCCGUCGGAGGGAAAAUGCGGACCUGGCUCGGGCGGCCGAAGACAUCCUGAGGGCUGUUAGUGGCAACAACUCGGACAAGUUCAAGCACUCGAAUUUCUUGGAGUUGAUGAGACGGAUUGCGGCGAGUGAGAUUGUGGUGAAUGAGGAGAAUUUCAUCGAUGCGGAUACGGGGGAGAAGAUUGAGACGGGGGAUUUGGUUGCUGAGGGGCCGGUGAAUGGCGGCGGCAGCAGCGGUGGCGGCAAUCCUGUGAAGGGGGAGAGUGGUGCGGUGGGUGGUGGUGGUGAUGCGCCGCCGCCGCCGACUGCUCCGGCGAGCGCCUGA